AUGCAUCCGUUAGAGUGGGUAAUGGUCAACAUGACGUUGACUUUCGUUGGACCGGUAGCGCUUGGAACUCAUGCAGUUUCCACUUGGGCUUAUUAUGUCUUUAUUUUCACAAAGGGCGUGAUCAACCACUGCGGCUACCACAUUCCAGCGCCACAUGUCCUUUCCUCCAGUUUUCACGACGCCCAUCACCGCCUUUUCAACUGUAAUUACGGCUCUUACGGGCUCUUUGAUUAUCUCCACGGGACGAUCAGAAAAUGA